UUUUUUUUUCAUCUAAUAUAUAUAUAGUAGCUAUCAUGCCCGGUAUCAUUAACACUAUUAAACAAGCUUUCAUUUUUAUAUUCAACUGUUGUGGAAAUUAUGAUAAUAAUCUCGAUCAAAAUGAAGGCCCACCUCCUCGACCCUUAUCACAAGGAGCAACAGCUCAAUGUCAAGAAGAAGCAGGUACUGCUAAUAAUGUGGAUCAUCCGCCAAAUACAACAACAGCUACUACUACUACUACUACUUCUCCUCCUCCUCAGGAAAUUCCAAUAAGUAACAAAAUGGCUCAUGAUGAUACUACUCCGUAUCAUAUUGUCUCUGAUACAGAAGAGCCUCAGACAUCUCCUGAUCAGUCAAAGGCUUUAAAUGAUCAUAGUAUAAAUAAAACUCGUUCAAAUUUUAUUGAACAGGAUAUGAAUGUCUUGAAGAAUAAAUAUGAUUCAGAUUCAGGCGAUACAUCACAACACUAUGAUCAUUAUACGGAUGCUGCAAAUAAGAACGAGGAUACAGGAUCCUUUUCUAUUUCAAAUGAAGAUGAGAUGAAUGAAGGCGAAAGCUUUAAAACUGAAGAACUGGGGGAAUAUGAAUAUGAAGACAAGUUUAAACAAUGGAACCCAGAUGAAAAAGAAAUAGAACAAAGGUUCAAACAAACAAAAUGGGAUAAAGGAAGUAAUUUUGAAAAUAAAGUGCCUGACUAUAUUUGGAAUAAUGUCCAUGAACCUGUUACAAAAGAGUGGAAGAGAAAUUUAGAUCAAGUUAAACCUAUUGACAAUUAUAAAGUUAGUCCUGCCAGAUAAUUUUUUUUUUUUUUUUUGUCUGCCUCCUGUCAAACUUUAAAACCCAGUUGAUUUGCUUUUUAUACACACAAAUAUCAAUAUUAAAAAAAGAAAAUGCCGG